AUGCAAUCAUCUUCAUCAUAAAUCAUCCAAUACACAAUGUCUAAAAUUGAAGAAAGCUUCUUAGAAUUAAGGUCUCAAAUAGAAGUAAUUAUCAUUUUCUAUUAUUUUCUAGUCUUCUUUCGAUGAGAUUGAUGAAUUAAUUGACUCAAUUCAUCUUAUUCCCUAUAAAUAAGUAACUCAAACAAUUGAAUCUAAACUUGAAUUGCCUUAAUUUCCCAAAUUUUCUAUCUCAGAAUUUGAUUACUUAUAACAAAUUCAUGAGAGUUUGAAACCUUUGUUUAAUAAGAUUAUCAAAAAUAGAAUUGAACUUUAAGAGAAAAAAUUAACUUAAACUAACUUCGAAUAGAAUAUAAUUGAUGAAGAGGAAGAAUCUGAUCAAAAAAAAAAUAUUUUUAAAGAAGAGAUUGAUUCUGAAAAUUAGUAAAUCAAAUAAUCUAAUAAUCUUUUGAAUGAAGUAAACAGUAUUAAGUUAUUAUUUAGACAUAAAAGGAAGUGAUAUAAGUUGAGAAUGAAUAGAAUUAAUUGGAAUAAUAAUUGAUGAUGAAUAAAUAAGUUCAAUUUUAAUUAAUUGAUGAUUCAAAUUAAUAGAGAUUGUAAUGUUACGCAGUAGUUUUCAAUAAAGAUGGAUCAAUUAUGAUUACAGCUGAUUCUAAUAUAAUUAAAAUUUGGAAUUUUGAAUAAGGAACAUUUAAAUUAUCUAAAUCUUAUAAUGGACAUACUAAUCCUAUUAGAUCUUUGGUGUAUAGCAAAAAGACAAAUAACUUUAUUUCUGGUUGUGGUUAUCAUAAAAUUAUCUGUUGGUAAUAAAUUAAUUAAAAUGAGUGGAAAUGCUCAUAACAAUUUGAAUAACAUAGUGGUAGUGUUAAUUGUUUAAUGUUAAAUAAAUAGGAGGAUCAACUUAUUUCAGGAGGGUGUGAUCAUAAAAUAAUAGUAUGGUAAGUAGAUUUUAUGAAGAAUCAUCUGAAUUAUCUAUAUACCUUAGAUUAACAUUAUACAAGUGUUGAAUCACUCAGUUUUAAUUAAUCUGAAACUGUAUUGGCAUCAUGUGGUUAUGGAGAAUUUAUAAUAUGGGAGAAAGGAUUAUAAGGAAAAUGGGAAUUCAAAUAUAAAUAAAGUAUUUAAAGAGGACGUAAAAUACAUUUCAUUAAUGAUUAAUAAUUUAUUUGGGUUACAUCAGAUAAGUAAAUAAAUGAUAUUUUAGUAUUUGAAUUAUAGAAUGGAGUCUUUAAAUAGAAUUCAAAUAAAACUAUCACUUUAAUUAACAAUGAUCAAUGUGAUGAUGAUAUAUUAUUUCCAAUUAUACAUAAUAGAGAUAAAAAUGUGAUAUUGAUAAGACACAAAUAUCAUAUAUAUUUGAUUAGAUAAUUAAAUGAUGGCACAUUUAACAUUCUUGAAUCAUUAAAUUGUUAAACUAGAGAAACAUAUGGAACAAUGACCAAUAAUGGAUAAUAUUUAGUAUUUUGGGAUAACAAAUUUGAAAAAUACUCAUCAUAUGAGAUAUUAUAUAAAUGA